AUGGCAAGAUCUCAGUUGCCCGCCAACGUUUGGAUGAACGUGCUCGAUUUCGCAGGCGCACAGCACACCAUGAUCGUGACGGAGGACCCGGACCUACCCCAGGACCCGGAAGACUGGCCCAGAGCCCUCGGAAUAUGCAAAGAACUCCAAGAGUCGAAUAUCGUCGAGGACUGCAUUUCAAAAGUGCUGAUCUGCGAAGAUUGCGGAAUCCAACACAGGAUCGUCGUCCUGACAGCCAACAGAUGGAACUUGACCAGCUCGCGAGCUUUGAUGGCAGUCAACCGCAGCACAGCUAGCGGCUUUCAUCAUCAGGUCGCGCCCAACAGCAGCAACGCGCACCCCAACCUCAGCUGCUGGAUCAAGAUACACCGCGUCGGUCAGGAUUAUGUGCAGCUCGAGAUGCCGGUCCAGAAGUUUCACACGCUGAAGUGGUCGUGGAUUCUUCCAGGAACCAUUCCCUGCACCUCGCCUCCUCCAAGCAUCCGAUUCGUUUCGCUCUUGAAGGACUACACCAUCACCAAGCAAAUUCGGCAGCACAAGCUCUGA